UGGGCGUGGGAGGCCCUUCCAUUGAGUUAGAGGCGCAACAUUUCCUGUAAGAGCUUUCCAUAUCUGGAAGAAUGUGAGACGUGUAAGCACGCACAAAACGACUUGGAUUGUUGUUUCAGCAUGGAGUUAAAAAGGCGCGUCCGUGACAGGAUAUCUUUUGUCCUGCUCAUUCUUGGGAAUAUCGCAACAACUCUCUCCGGCAAAAAUCUUCACUGUACCAACGACUGUUGCGAGACAUUCAUUUGCCACUUUGAAGCGCAAAACUGCACUGAAUACAAUUUGACUCUGCGGUGCAAUAACUGGUAUAACGAGAGGAAAGGCACUUUCACACAGUGUGACGUGGGACAGUGCUGUUGCUCUGUUGAAGAAAUGUCCCUGAUCUUGGGGGAGAUGUAUAAUGCCACAGUUUGGAAAGGAGCCAAAAGCAUGGAGUCCAAAAUCAUCAGCGUCCAAGAAAGCAUAAAGCCUAAACCCCCAACAAUCGUCUCAGUGAAAGAAUCCAAUGGCAAUUUUCUAGUCAAGUGGGAUCCAAACAUGAAAGUCUGGUUCAGGAAUAGAUUGAGAGCUAAUGUGACUUACUAUAAAAAAGGAGACACAGAAAAGGUAACUGCAUCUUUCAAACCAACAAUAAUUGAUGGUCUGAAUAGCUAUGAAAUACUUGGUCGAAACUUGGAGCCAAGCACAACAUAUGCUGUCAGCGUGAAAAGCUCCACAUCCUUUAGUGGCAUGUACAGUGACAGUAGCAAAGAAUGGGAAUUCACAAGCACUGCGUCCCCUGAUGCCGUGCGCUUGGCUAUCAUCAUCAGCCUCAGUAUUGCUGCAGUCAUCAUCACCGGUGUUAUUUUUGUCUGUUUUGUAAAAAUAAAAACCAAGUGGUGGGACACAGCUGCCAAAUGGACAAAUCCCAAACUUUUUGUUAUUCAUCCAAGCGAGCAAAAGGUCUUGAAACCUGGAACAACCAACUUCUCCAUUGUCUACAUUGAGCCUAUUGUCCCAGAUGACAGUAAACUAUGGUCGAAGGGCUCACCAGGACACACGAGCAGUGGAAGCCUUCAGCAAAGCAGUGGAAUCAGUUUGAGCUCUUCUUGUUUCAGUUAUGCUAAUGCAGAACCUGCUGACAUUAAAGCCUGUGUUGAGGAUGCCCUUGAUAAAGUGUUUGCCGGCACGUUGUCACAUUUGACCACUAAAAAAUUAAACAAAGACAGUGGUUUGCUCUCCUUUCCCUGCUCUCCUCUCCCUGCAAACCUCGCUGAUGACAGUGGAAUGAGUUGUGAAUCAUCCGACUUUGUCAACAAAACUUAUUCCAUCCUCAUUCCCAGCUGCCCACAUGAGAUUGUGACGGACAGCUCUGAGGUCCAGACGCAGGCUGAAAUGCUUUGUGAGUCUGCGUACCAUCCCAUUGCGGGUGCCAUUGUGACCUGUGUUGACCCACAGGCACCAGCUUGUCCACUUGUUAAUUCCCCACCAGGGGUUCUAACCCUUAUGACAACGGACAUGUCAUAUCAGCCGUGCAAUGCAGAUUCUGUUGGAUUUUCAUCUGCAGAAAACUCCAGUUUGUCCUGCGUCUUCAGUGGCACCAACACAAUGGCGUCAUCUGAUCCUGUAUCUAGAGUUGAGGCCAGGUUUCAGAGCUCUGAGGAGGCGGUUUGUGGUGCGACAAAGCAACAUGGAAAACCUGAAGGGGCAACUGUGAUGGAUGAAAAACCUGCAAGCUUAUACAUCUUUCCUCCAAUGGAUGACGACUACCAGCCAUUUCAGAAUCUGGUGGGGCAGUCUGAUAUUUGGUUUUCCGAGAAGAGAACUGAUGAGAAAGAGGAACAUUUCAAUAUGUAUCCAGAGGAAUUAUUCACCAAGAUGGAUCAAAGCAUCCCAUGUUUCAAUAACAAUGUCCAGGAAAGCCAGUGUCUCUCUGAGCUUCAAAGACCUUUUCUCCAUUUGAUACCUGCUGACCAGUCUAUGCCACCGAUCUCAGACAUCGGCUAUAAGAGUGUGUAGGGCUGAAUUUGUAUACAUUUUUUUAUUGUAUGUAAUUUAUGCAUUUUAAUUUAACCACUGAGAAACAUUGCUGAGAAAUGUAGAAGAUGAGAGGGAGGUUGAGGUGGCUGUAACGGACUGUGAAUGGUGUUCCUAAUUUUUAAAACCUUUGUCAUGGAUAUCUGCAGAUGAAGAUCAUGUGAUACGACGAAAGUUUCAGAACACUUACGAAAUGGACUUUGAGUUGUGAAUGUGUUGCAACUUUGUAUGACUACAUUUCUUCUGUCAUAAACAGAAUGCACUUGUUUUGAGCUACAGGCAGCUCUCAUAUCCGUAAAUCACGUGUCAUAUCCAACUAUGUUACGUGUAAGUUCAAAUGUAUUAAAAGGACAAAUGUUGUAUAAAGCAUAGAGGACUCACUGUAAAUCUAACUAUCUCAACUGUAAUAUGCUGUAAAAUGCUGUAAUAUUAAUAAGACUUUGGUGAAAUAUGAGUGAACAGAAACGUCAUUUAUGGUAGAUUAUUUAAAUCCCUCCUUGCCCAUCAAGGAAAAAUCCAUCCAAGCUGUUUCGGAAACACAGCUGUCCUAAUGAGCUCGUCCUGUUCAGGGUUGUGAAAUGACUUCCUCGUUGCUCUUCUCUGGAACUGUUGAGUCACUUCCAAAGAAACACGGCUCACUUCAGGCCAUAUUAGUUCCAACAAAAAUGUGAAACGUAAAUACAUCCUACUAUUUCAUAUUGCAUUCACUAUAUGCAAAGAACUGGUGGUAUUCUUGUCUUUAAUCAGCACUAUAUAUCUUUAGUAAAAUGCAAUGCACAUUGCAAAUGGCACAUUUCUUUUGAAGAAAAUCAUUCAAAUAAAAGUUGUCCAUAUUA